GAGGAGCAGCCAGUCACGGCUCGGCCACGUACUGCUUCUCGCCUACGCCGCACGAAGCAAUCAAUGGCGACCUCGCCGGCGCUGCUCUCGCGGCAGUACGCGCGCCCCUCCCCUCCUCUCCCCCGCCAGCUCCUCGCGCCUUCGCCCGUCGCCGCAGCCUCCUCCGCAGCGCGGCGGCUGCGCGUCCGCCGCGGGCCUGCCCCAGCUAAAGCCAAGUUCGGCAAGUUCGACGCCGCGGACGCUCCCACGGAGGCCGCGCCGGCUGCACCGGCGACAUCGGAGGCCGACGGCGCGGCGGGGCAGGCGGUGCUGGAGGAUGACAGUUGCCUGCCGCCGGAUCUGGAGGGCGCGAUAUGGCAGUCGGGGAAGGCCAGCGCCGAUUUCGUCAACUCCGGCGGCAUGCGAGGAAUCGCAGAGCUGCUGAUCCCUCAGCUGGAGUUCCUCAACCAGGAAGGAGCGCAGGCCGAGGUCUGGGCGCUGUCGAGAAUACUCCUCGACACGCUCGCGGAGGAGACUGGCCAGGUAGUUAAGGCCGUCUUCCCUGACGCUGGGGUGGCUGCCCUUCUCAAGCAUCAGUGGAAAGACGCAAAGUUCAAGUGUGCUAGUCUUAGCGACCGAAAGCCAGUUGAUACUGAUGACGGAGUUGUUGUUAUGAUUAUCCCUGACCACCAGAUGCUUGAAUCUGUUGAACGCAUCGCAUCUCAACUCGCUGAUGAUCCCAUAAGACCUCUUGUCAUGUGGAACCCACGUCUUGUUAGUGGAGAUGUUGGAGUGGGAUAUAAUGUUCGGAAUCUACGCAGAAAUUUCUUAAGUACUUUUACCACUGUUUACUCGAUGAGGCCGUUGCCUACCGGUGCAAUCUUCAGAUGCUAUCCUGAAAAGUGGAAAGUGUUUUAUGAUGAUCCAAAAAGACCCAAUCGGUAUUUGCUCGCCAGAGAAUCUUCAAGUCGUCCUGAUGCAACAGAUAUUGAGAUAAUAUUUGGCGGCGGCGGCGCCAGUGAGCAACCUGAAGAGGAGCCUUCAAUGAUGACCAAUGUCAUGGCCGCGUUUAGCUCCGUGAGCCGGUUUAUGAGGGUCAUCUCCAAGUGAAAAUCCCAGGCAGUUCUCUCCACAUUUGAAGCCAUCGUAAGCACCUCCAAAGAGGAUUUGGUUCAGGCGCACGGCGGAUAUGGCGGUGCUUGGGCAACUUCAUGCGUGGGCAGGGGCUACACGCUACUGCUGUUCAGGAAUCAGAGAAGUUCAGAACAAUGGUUUGCACGCACUUGGUCGUUAGCGAAGGUUACAACCGUGUCUGCAUAAUGUACACGCAUCAUAUGGCCGUGCAAUUUGUAGUUAUGUAACUGGAUCAAAGCUAUUGUACAUAGUCUCAUAUUCUUUUCUGAAAGUAAUGGAGAUCUGAAUUAAGUUA